UUUGCGUACACUGACAUAUCCAAAAACAACAACAACAGCAAACAAACAGCUAAAAUUUCAAUUUACAAAAGUUAGUUGAACAAUGACAGACAAAAAACUUUUAUCGCAGGUUUCAAAAGUAUUAAUAAAAAAUGUUAUCAGACAUACUGACUCACACAACAAGGUUGUGGAGGAAAAUGACAUGUGGAGACAGAGGCAGAACGAAGUGGAGGGUGGAGGAUCUGGCACAUCGUGUCUCAAAGAUAGCCGGAGAGACAUGAAUGGCACAUCAUUUCUCAAAGAUAGCCGUAGAGACAUGAAUAAUGAGUUUCCCAACAGACGGAGUCGUAAAGCACACAUGGAUGAGGAACCCAGAGGCACAUUUUGGAUGAACCAACUCUACAAGGCUGAGGAGGCAGAUGGAAACAGAUGGGGCCACAAUGGAUUCAAAGAGCUGUAUCCAGAACAAUUCAAACAACAUGUGCAUCAAUCAUCUGAUUCAGAGUCUUCAACUAGUAGCCAUAAACACAGUAAGAGGAAGAAGAAAAAGCAUAAGAGAAAAAAAUCGCGUGACACUACAUCCAGCAAUCGUAACAAUAGCCAAAGACCAAAAGAUGCACGACAGACAAAGAAACGGAGACAUGAUCACUCAUCACCUGAACAAAGCACAUCUAGUAGUGACAGUGACUCAGAUGUAGACUUUAAGAGGAGAAGAAGCGAUAGUAACCUGCGACACUCUGCAAAAAUAAGCAAAACUGGUGGUGAUAAACAGACAAAGCGUAGCGUUUCUAACAAUAAUGGAGAUGUAGGUGAUACAUGGAGUAGUGACUCAUCCUGUUAUGAGUCUGAUAGCUCCACUUUUCACAAGAAAACUAAGAAGAAAAAGAAACACAGAAGAAUUGUUGAGAGCGAUGGACAUGGAAAUUCUCAUUCUGAAGAAAGAAGGAAAAAGAAAAAGAGAAAAAAGAAACAUAAAAAGUGACUUUAAAUUUUUAUAGCUCACCUGAUUGCUCAGGAGAGCUUUUGUGACCGGUCUUUGUCCGUCUUCCGUCGGUCCGUCCGUCGUCCACAUUUGGUUUGUAAACACUCUAGAGGCCACAUGUCAUGUCCGAUCUUCAUGAAACUUGGUCAGAAGAUUUGUCCCAAUGAUAUCUCGAUCAAGUUCGAAACUAGGUCAUGCUGGGUCAAAAACUAGGACACUAGGUCAAAAAAAAGAAAAACCUUGUAAACACUGUAGAAGUCACAUUUUAUUCCCAAUCUUCAUGUAACUUUGUCAAAAUGUUUGCCUUAAUGAUAUGUUGGUCGAGUUCAUAAGUGGUUCCGGUCCGUUGAAAAACAUGGCCGCCAGUUGGCGGAGCAGUUUUCCUUAUUUGGCUUUAGAGAAACCUUGUAAACACUCUAGAAGUCACAAAUUUUGCCCAAUCAUCAGGAAAGUUGGUCAAAAUAUUGGUUUUAUUGAUAUCUUGGAUGAGUAAAAAAGCUUGUGAACACUCUAGAAAUCACAUUUUUUGCGCAAUCAUCAUGAAACUUGGUACAAAGAUUGGUUUUAUGUUUAUCACAUAUUGAAUGCCAUAAUUUUUGCCCUUAGAUUGUCCAAAUUUUCAUUAUACAGAAUCCUUGUAAACACUCUAGAGGUCACAAUUUUGUUUCAGAUUUUAUGAAUCUUGGUCAUAAUAUUUAUUUUUGUAAGCAAAGUUUGAUGUUUGGUAAGGUAAGGGGGGGGGGUCAACUCAAAAUAUAGGUCACCAGGUCAAAUCUUACAAAAACACUCCAUAGUCCGGAGGUUUGGUUCAAUAAUGAUGAAACUUGACCAGGAUGUUUGUCUGGACAAUAUCUAGGUCAAGUUUGACGUUUGGUAAGGAUUGAAUGAACCGACUCCUCUCAGGUGAGCGAACUAGGGCCAUCUUGGCCCUCUUGUAGUGUAAUUAACUUUUCAGGAAUAUUAUUUUAGUUCAAUUUGUAAAAUUUGUGCUUUUAACUAUGAUUUUAUGAUCUAUUUACUUUAUGUGUUUAGCUUUUUUAACCAGGUUUUCCGAAGGAAAAAUUAACCAGGUUUUCCGAAGGAAAAAACUGGUUAUUAGGUUGGCGAAUGCGGGCGGGCUGGCUGGCUGGCGGGCUGGCGGGCGGGCGGAACAAGCUUGUCCGGGCCAUAACUAUGUCGUUCUUUGUCAGAUUUUAAAAUAAUUUGGCACAUUUGUUCACCAUCAUUGGACGGUGUGUCGCGCGAAAUAAUUACGUUGAUAUCUCCAAGGUCAAGGUCACACUUUGAGUUCAAAGGUCAAAAAUGGCCAUAAAUGAGCUUGUCCUGGCCAUAACUAUGUCAUUCAUUGUGAGAUUUUAAAAUCAUUUGGCACAUUUGUUCACCAUCAUGGGACGGUGUGUCACACGAAAGAAUCCAACACUAUCUCCAAUGUCAAGGUCGCCACGACUAAAAAUAGAUUUUUUUUUAAACAAACUUACAAAGGGGGUUAAUUUUGUUUGUUCAUUUCAAAAGUUCAGUUUGAGUUUUCUCCCUUUAUCAGAUUUUUUUCACAAUGAAAACCUGGUUUUGUGACAAUUUUGUCCCUUGUUCUACCAUGGAUUAACUAUUCUGUAAUUUUGGAAUAAUUCUUUUUGAGCCAACACACUUUAAAAUAAAAAAGGAAACCAUUAA